AGGUGUAGGUAAGUAGAUUCGUCGAAACCGCUAUUCGAUUAUGACGUCAUAGUCACAACAAAGAAGACACGCGAAGUUGAUGUUUCAGCAGAAGUAUUAUGACGUCAUGAAGGUGAAAGAAGAAAAAACAGUCAAAGAAAAUAUUAACAAUAAUCUUUCUUCGUCGGUGAAACAGUUACAACAGGAAUGUGCGUUGCGUUCCGAUGAUCAUGUGACCUCCGAAAGUUACUUUGCACAAACUUUCGUGUCGGUUGUUGAAGCAGCAUUUUUACAUGGCUUAAAGAAAAAGUAUUUUGAACGUCGAAAACACAACCAAGAUUUGCCCCGUCCACAAUUUUGGAAUUUAAUUGGCAAGAUCAGCCAUAGAGGUCCCAUUGAAGAGUGCAAGAAAUUAAAAUUAAUCUCAACGAACGUGGGUCGUUGUCGCGCAUGGUUGAGAAUCGUCAUAAAUAACGGAGAUCUUUCGUUCUAUCUCUCAUCUAUUCUUACAACUACGGAUUAUUUAAAUAUUUUCGACAAAUAUUAUGAGGAUUAUGCUUUGUUUAAGGACCAUGAACAAUAUCACACAGGCCGACAUUUUCCUUCGGUAUUUACACGGAGCCGAUAGUUUGACCUUCGACCUCAGUUGUAAUUCGUCGAUUCUUAAUUCAUGGACAAAAACUCCACUAGAGGUCGCUAGAGUGAUCCAUUCAUCAAACAAUAGGAGGCCGAACAAUAAUUACGUUGUCAGCGGCAACCAUGGAAAAUACACAAUGCCUGGGAAGCUACCAUAUAAGCAGUCAUCACGUGAGCGGAAAGUAUCACGUGAGAGAAACGCAACACAUGAGAAGGAAUCACGUGAACAUGGUAUUGAACGGGCUAUCGAAAGUAUGACAUCACAAAUCUCCGCGUCGUUACCGACCAAUCAGCUUCGAGCAUCAGUUGACUUGGGGGAAACCCCUCUACAGAGAAACAUCUUAUACAGUCGUACUGUCGUAAAACGGAGGAAGUCUCGCAACUUGAGGGCGAUGUCUGAGGAUUAUGGGAGUUGGGGUUCAUUAAGUUCCGGGAUUUCUACAACUAGUACCCCAUGUUUGGGGAUUCCCCGGGGUUUCUCACAAAGUCCCUCCUUUAGUGGGGGUUCCCCUGAAGAGGAAAGUUCGUUUCCUGAUUUGACCCCGACCCAUAAAGUGGGGAUUCUCUCAAACCAACAAUCGACCCCAUUGUUACAUCAUAAUGAAGACAAUGGAAUUUCUCAACUCAGGGAAAGUCCCAUAACUUCACCACAAGAAGGGGAAUUCCCUGAUAUGAUGAUAUCGACAUCAACGCUUUGCUCAGAGAAACCUGACGUGACCUUUGAACCCACGGGGUCAAACCUUGAUGAGGUCACGACCUUUGAACCUAAGAAUUCAUCCCAUGAUAAUGUGACCCCAGUGACCCUUGACCUUGUGGAGUCCACCCAUGACCCCAUAAAUACCGCAUAUGACCCCGCUGCGACCUAUGACCCCGUCGAUAUUUAUUCUCGAACCUCAGAUUCAUUUUGCGAAACUCCCUGCUCUCCAGUGUCACCUGGUCAGGGCAACAGUUUGAUGUGCGGCGUCGGUUGGUCGUCUCACACUGAUGAUGUCAUCAAUAAUGAUGUCAUCAAACAUGAUGUCAUAGACGGACCUCCUGUGACAUCACAACCACCCCCUCGGGAACACUCGAUGGCCUCGAUAAGCAAAAAAGUUACGUCGGAGGUAAAAUCGGAGAACUCGAAUAAUUCGGAAGAAUUUGUGAUUUUGAAUCAAGAUGAAGUUGAAGAAGCUCAUUUACUCGGAUCCACUCGUCAAUCAACGAUGUUAAGUCACAUGACCUCGAUAGCCAAUGAGAUCGGACUCGACGCACAAAACUUUCAAUGCGCUGAAUGCUCGUCUCCUAUUGGUAUAAUAUACGGAACACCUCGUCUUUGUUACUUCACGGGUGAAUAUUAUUGCUCACACUGCCACCUAAUGGAUGAGCACAUAAUACCAGCGAGGAUCGUUCAUAAUUGGGAUUUCAAGAAAUAUCCCGUCGCUAAAAAAUCCAUGAUAUUCCUUACACAACAAUGGAAAGAUCCUUGCAUCGCAAUGAACGUCGUUAACCCGACCGCUUAUCGUUAUUUGGAGGAAAUGAAACGUUUGUUGCCGUUAAGAAUCAAACUUUCGUCGUUGCAACCUUAUUUACGUACCUGUCGUUUGUUGGAUCCUACUAUGAUGUCACAAAGAUUAAAAGGUUUAACCCAUAUGUUGGGGAAUCCCCAUUUAUACACCCCUAAUGACCUUUGUUUAACCUCUGACGGAACUCUCUACAAUUCAAUUAAUAAAGUUGUUUUAUUUGGGACCAAACAUGUCCGCCAAUGCCAACUUUGCACAGCUAAAGGUUUCGUUUGUGAGAUUUGCACAAAAGAUGAGGUGAUAUUUGCAUUUGAUGACAUCACAAUGACAUGUGAAGAAUGUAAAAGUGUUUAUCAUAAGCGUUGUUUUACGGAUCACUGCCCACGAUGUGAAAGACGUCACGCUAGAAUGAACUUAUGAUGUCAUAAUACCAUAUUAUGACAUCAUACACCAUGCAGUGUUGUAACAAGUGCCUUCAUCUUAUAGCCGAUAUUGAAUAAAUAUGAUGUCUAUGUCGCA